AUGAGAUUGAUAUCUACUUUGUCUAAUAGUGAAGAUACGAGCACCGCAGGCAAAGCUGAUCAAGAUGUCGAAAUUAGUGGAGGGCGGCGACGGAAAAUGUUAACAUCAAUGCCGUUUCCAUGUGCAGGAAUCAUGAAGGACUUUAGAGACCGCCUUCCACUCUACUGGUUAGAUUGGACUGACUCGUGGGACUACCGUGUCAUUCCUAGCGUGGUAGAAACGUACUUCAACAAUUUGCUACCCGCGAUCGCUUUUGCUCAGGACAUGUUUGAUCGUACUAAUAGAUCUUACGGGGUCAACGAGGUACUUUUAGCUAGCGCGGUUGGUGGGGUAGUUUUUGGGGCUCUCUCCGGACAACCCCUUUGCAUCGUCGGCGUCACAGGACCUAUUUCGAUUUUCAACUACACCAUUUAUGAUAUAAUAAAACCUCUCAACACCGACUAUUUCGGUUUCAUGUUCUGGGUUUGCAUUUGGUCGAUGAUUUUCCAUUUUUUAAUGGCUGCGCUCAAUACAGUUUGUCUCUUGCAAUAUGUGACAACUUUUCCGUGCGAUAUUUUUGGACUAUUCAUUAACGUUGUGUACGUACAAAAGGGCAUUCAAAUACUCACUCGACAGUUCCACGAAGACGGUGAACUGAAAUUAAAAGAAGGAUAUGCUAGCAUUGUCGUAGCUCUGGUGAUGACAAUUUUUGGCUUGUCGGCCAAGCUAGUGGUCAGGACACCCUUUUUCAGUCACAAAAUUCGCACCUUUAUCGCAGAUUAUUCAACUGCCCUCUCUGUGGUCUUUUGGUCGGCCUUCACGCAUUUCGGAGGAUAUUUGGAUGAUAUUGAUCUCCAAAGGCUUCCGAUCACAAAAGCUUUCCAUCCAACUUCAGCGUUUAGGAACCGUGAUACGUGGCUUGCGUAUGCAGAAAUUCCUACCAAAGACAUAUUCAUUGCACUUCCGUUUGGGAUAAUAUUGACGAUUUUGUUCUACUUCGAUCACAAUGUAUCGUCUUUGAUGGCACAGCGUGCUGAAUACAAGCUUACUAAGCCUUCGACGUUCCACUUUGACUUUGCAUUAUUGGGAGCCACCACGGGCGUAAGCGGCGUACUAGGGAUUCCGGCACCAAACGGACUAAUACCACAGGCUCCCUUGCACACCGAGACAUUAUUAGUUCGAGACAAGACGGGAGAUGUAGUGCGUUGUGUAGAGCAGCGAUUCACGAACACAGUACAGGGUUUGAUGACUUUGGCCACUAUGUCACGCCCAUUGUUGGUGUGUCUAGGGCAGAUACCGCAGGCUGUGCUGGCGGGUUUAUUUUUCAUUAUGGGUCUCAAUGGGCUCUUGAAUAAUGCAAUUGUCGGAAGGAUUUGUUUCUUAAUCACAGAUCCGUCGAAGCUUGAUCCUGGUGAACCAUUGAGCAGAGUUCCGUUGCGCAAGUUUUUGAUUUUUCUCGCCCUUAGUCUAGCUGGGUUUGCCGCAGAAUUUUCUAUCACUAAUACAGUGGGAGCAAUAGGAUUUCCUAUUGUUCUAUUACUCACAGUUAUAGUUUCACUGUUUUUCCCAAAGUGGUUCACUCCAGAUGAGCUAUCAAUUUUGGACGCCAACGUCGCGGAGGACUUUACAUUGAAGAACCUUAAAACCGAUGUUCUGCGGAAGUGA